CUACCUCCUCUCUCAUUAUGUAAUGACCAUUGUCCUCUUGGAAAAAGAAAGAACAAGAUCGAAGGGCGGAAAUUUUGCUGCUACACUUGUGCGCCGUGUCCAGAAAAGAUGAUAUCUAGACAAAUGGACAUGGAGAAUUGUGACAAUUGUCCAAAGUAUCAAUUUCCAAAUGAAGCUCAUGAUGAGUGCAUUCCAAAGACAAUGAAUUUCCUCUCCUUUGAAGAGCCACUGGGCAUUACUCUGGUUUCUCUGGCUCUUCUCUUUUCCCUAGUUACAGCUUUGGUGUUUAUAAUCUUCAUCAAGCAACGGGAUACUCCCAUUGUCAAAGCCAACAAUCGCAACCUCACCUAUAUUCUACUUAUCUCUCUCUUUCUCUGUUUCCUCUGCUCACUUCUGUUCAUUGGACAGCCCAAUAAGGUGACCUGCCUCCUCCGACAAACAACAUUCGGUAUCAUCUUCUCUAUUGCAAUCUCUUCUAUAUUGGCCAAAACCAUCACAGUUGUUGUAGCGUUCCUAGCAUCAAAGCCAGGAAGCCUAUUCCACAAAUGGGUGGGGCAAAAGUUGGCCUAUUCUAUUAUCUGUGUCUGUUCCUUCAUUCAAGUAAGUAUUUGUGCCAUUUGGCUUGGUACUUCUCCCCCAUUUCCAGAUUUGGACAUGGAGACACUCUAUGGAGGAAUCAUCACAGAAUGUCACGAAGGCUCCAUCAUCAUGUUUUACUGUGUUUUGAGCUACAUGGGCCUCUUGGCUCUUCUCAGCUUCACUGUGGCCUUCCUAGCCAGGAAGUUGCCAGACAGUUUUAAUGAAGCCAAGUUCAUCACUUUCAGCAUGCUGGUUUUCUGCAAUGUUUGGUUGACCUUUGUCCCCAGCUACCUGAGCACCAAAGGGAAAUACGUGGUGGCUGUGGAGAUCUUCUCUAUCCUGUCUUCCAGUGCUGGCUUACUGGGUUGCAUCUUUAUCCCCAAAAUCUAUAUAAUUAUACUGAGGCCUGAGCUCAACACUAGAGAGUAUUUAACAUGUAAGAAAUAG